GGACAAACUGAGUGAAAAACUCUGAAAAUCUCGCAAGUUCCUGUUAAAUUGUACAAAAUUACAUUCUCGCAGUAGUUUCACUUUUGAGUUUAACAUGUUAGAGCUUCCUUGUCAGACUUCAGGAAGCUUCUUCUAUACCAGGACCUGGCUGUCUGCUCUGUGGAGAAGGUAAAGAAAAGUUCAAUAUUGGUGCCUUCCAGUAAAAUUCAUCCACUCAAACUGAGAUACCAAGAAAAUGAGGGAGGAAACCAAGUGUUCCAUAUGCCUACAGUUAAUGACAGAGGCAGUGAACUUUGACUGUGGGCACAGCUUCUGCCACCUAUGCUUAAAGAAUAUUCUUAAGAAAUGUUAUUUCUCAGAGAUGACUUUGAAAAAGUAUUGCUGUCCCCAGUGUGAGGCAGUAUUUCAAAAGGUGAGUCUCCAACAAAACAAGCAGCUGGAAAACCUCACUGAAGCCAUCAAGGGAAUAGACCUUGAAAAGUGUAAGAAACACGGAGAGGAGCUCCAGCUAUUCUGUGUGGAUGAUGAGCAGCUCAUCUGUUGGUGCUGUGAAUGGAUGUCACAGCACAGGGGGCACGUCACAGCUUUAGUGGAAGACAUUUGCCAAGAUUACAAGGAAAAGCUCCAGAAAGCUUUGACAAAACUAAGGGACUUGGAAAACAAAUGUAAGAAUGUUAAGUUGUUCACAAGACUACGGAUGGCCAUAUGGGAGGAGAAGAUAGAACUUCGAAAACAGAAAAUCCAUUCUGAAUUUGAGAAACUCCAUAACUUCCUUCAUGAGGAAGAGAAGUCUUAUCUAUGGAGACUAGAGAAAGAGAAAGAGCAAACUCUGAGGAAACUGUGGGACAAUGAAGCCAAUCUGGAAAAGCAGAGUCACGAACUCAAGAACUGCAUUCUGGAACUAGAGGAGAGAUGUCAGGCUUCAGCUCAUAAACUGCUGCAGGAUGUGAAAGAUACUUUGAUCAGGAGUUCAGCUGUGAAUCUAGAAUUACCAGAACCUAUCUCAGUGGAGCUGCAUCCUUUGUGCAAUGUUUCAGAGCUUUACUUUGAUGUGAAAAAAAUGUUAAGGCGUUAUCAAGCUACUGUGACUCUGGAUCCAGAUACAGUUCAUAAUAAAUUAGUUCUGUCUAAAUAUCAGGACCAGGCUGCUCAUAGGUCCAAGAUGGAAAAACUUAAAAAUUUAAAAAGAUUUAGAGUCUUGCGCUCUGUGCUAGGCUGUAAAGGCUUCACCUCAGGAAGACAUUACUUUGAAGUGGAUGUGGGAGAAGGAAGUCGGUGGGACAUAGGAGUUUGUUUAAAAAAUGUACAGAGGGAUAUUAGUAUGGAAGUGGAGCCUUCCACUGGAUUCUGGGCCAUCAGACUGUACAAAGAGAACCAUUAUGUAGCUCUUACCUCUCCACAAACUCCCCUUCCUCUGAGGGAGAAGCCUCUGGUUGUGGGGAUUUUUCUGGACUAUGAAGCUGGGCUUGUAUCCUUUUACAACAUGUCUACUGGCUCCCACAUCUUUACCUUCCCCCAAAACUCCUUUACGGAAACCCUCAAGCCCUAUUUCUGCUUUUUUCGUUGUUCACCUUUGUUCAUGCUUCCCCCAGGGGAGUGAAGAAAGUAGGAAAAUCUCCUUCUUAGUUUAUUCAGUAGAAAUGAUAAUCUCAGUCUAGGUGAAGAACUGAAAUUUGGGUUGAUUUCUCUUCUACUGUUUCCCAGUACCAAGAACAGUGCUGGACUUCCAGUAGAUAAUUAAUAAAUCUGUACCGAAUGAAUGAAUUGAAAAACUCAAAGAAUACUAUAUAUUACAAAUCUCAAUUGGGAAGAAAACAACGCAAUAGCAAAUAUCCUAUACUGUCUACUCCAUCUUUCCUCAAAAGUUCAGAUUUUUGAUUUCUAAAACAAUUAAUAGAUCAGUAGGUGAUAAAGUGUUCUGAAGUUCAGAGACUUUUUUUUUUUGAUCAAUACAAAACUGGUAUCAGGUUAAAGCAUAAUGAAAAGCUACAGUUGUCUGAAGCAUAAUAGGUAGGGAAAUAAAAUAGCAAUGACUUCUUACCACAAACAGUAGAUUAAUAAUCUGCAUCACAACCCUGGGAUCAUAGAAUAAAGAUGACUGUCAGACCUAGUGAACUUUUCUGGAAAUAACUGAAUAUAAGAGAAGAAUUACAGUUAUUUAUAGUGAUAUGCUUCAAUUGGAAAAAGAGUAAAAGAGUUAAAAUGAAUUUUGUAGGGGCCUCAAUCUGGAAAGCAAGUUGAUAUGUAUUUUUUAAUUUUUAUUUAUAAAAAGGAAACACUGACAAAAACCAUAGGAUAAAAGGGGUACAACUCCACAAAAUUCCCACCACCAGAACUUCGUACCCCAUCCCCUCCCCUGAUAGCUUCCCUAGUCUUUAUCCCUCUGGAGGUAUGGUCCCAGGGUCAUGGGGUGCGGAAUGUGGAAGGUCUGGCUUCUGUAAUUUCUUCCCUGCUGAACAUGGACAUUGGCAGGUCAAUCCACACUCCCAGCCUGUCUCUCUCUUUCCCUAGUGAGGCAGAGUUCUGGGGAAGCAGGCUCCAGGACACAUUGGUGGGGUUGUCUGUCCAGGGAAGUCUGAUUGGCAUCACGGUACAUCUGGAACCUGGUGGCUGAAAAAAGAGUUAACAUAUAGAGCCAAACAAAUUGUUGACUAAUCAUGAACUUAAAGGCUGGAAUAGUUCAGAUGAAGAGUUGGGGGGGGGUCUCCAUUUUGUAACUAGUUAGUAGUCAUAUUUUAGUUACUUUAACAAUGACUGUUUAGUCACUAUCUGGCCACCCCAUCAGCGGGGUCCUAGUCGGGGAGUUCUGAGAUUCCCAAACAGACAUGAUGGACCUAGACCUUGAAUAGAUCCCUCUCUCCAUUGCUACUGGUAAUCUCUAUCAGGAACAACACAAUAGACCCCUUUGUGGGCCCCCCAAAGGACCUUGCCCCCAAUGUGGAUCAACAUGGUAGAGAAUGUUCCAACCUCCGAAGGGAGGCUGAACAACAUAUUCUAUGUUCCAGCUGAGGAAGAUGGGUCCUGAAAUUAGGGCAGCUUGGAAUGUUCCUACUCAUGACCACAGAAUGUGAGCUCAGAUUUACAGGGAUGUAGAGGUCACAUAAGUUCCUAAGCUCCAGAUCAGAUCAAAUCGAUGGGGUGUGAGAAAUGGGCCCACUGUCCAGGAAGCCCAGGCCAUUAUUUCCAUGAGAAUCUGAGUGGGUUGAUCCUGAGUUCACCCCCUUUCAUGGGGAGAAGCUAGGCUGGUACCUCCUGACCUCAUAAACUUAUGAUGGAUGGCUUCCCCAGAAGUGGCACCCUUUCUGCACAUGCUACUCCAUCCCCUUAAAACAGAGGCCAUGAAUUACUGUGUAUGACCAGCUUGUUACCCACUGCAAAUAUUCUGGUUUUAUUCAACUGCUCCCUUCCCCCCUUCCCUGAAGUGCCUAUAAUUUACCCUCAGAGAAAUAUGCAUUGUGAACUCAUGACCAAGCCUUAUACAGUAACUUUCCAGUUGUGAUCAAAUACUUUAUAAGUCAAGAUGUAACUAUGCAUUGUGUUUGGGUUAAUGAUUACCUCAACCUUCUCUCUGGACUAUGGGUAUAUCUGCUUGCUUGUAUCCCCCAAUAAACAAAU